AUGGGGUUGCAUUAGGUAAGGUCAUGACCCGGCUGCACAAGUUCCCGGGAAAGACAAGGCUCCAAAAGUUUAGCCAUUUUCAGAAGGAGACAGACGCGCUUAGCAGCUGCUACCGGGACCAUGUGGGGACUGAAGACGGGGAUCUUUCUUGGGUCUCUCUGGCUGGCUGCAGGGUGCGGACAGGUGGCAGGGCUCAGAGAAUGUCCCUUCUAUAAUCUGUCCGUGCCUGAAAGCUCCUCUGGGCACGUUGAAAUCAACCUGCCCAAGAAUGCAUCUUUUUUGUGUAAGAUGCAGACCACUGUUGCGGCCGCGGCCUCCGACUCUGCUUGUCACCCCAUCCUGGUGUUAACUAAUAAAGGAAAGCAGAACUACUACAACAGCACGUACCGGGGACGGAUCUCUGUGUCAGACCGACUCCUCUUUACUGUGACGAAUGCAAGUGAAUGGAUGGCAGGAGAAUACCAAGUCAUUGGUGACCUUCAUGGAACCUGCAUGGCUCAUAUCAAUCUGACGGUGCCUGGUUCUGUCUCAUUCCCACCGCCUCUAUCGGACACUUCCACUGCCAGAGAGGGGGCUACCAGUCUGACUGGAGAGGGAAGUAGCCGAGGGAUGCUUUCCAAUGGCUCUCCCAAGGGGGAGCCAAGGGGCCACUAUGGUCUGUGGGCCUCACCGGUGUUGCUUGUUGCCUGCUGCUUUCUUUGCAUCCGCUGGACAUGCGGGGGAGACAGACCAAUAACCCACUAUGGUUGUGAAGAGGAAGGGAUCUCCAAUUCAGCAAACUCACCCAUUUGCAUGUCGACCUGGGUCUUGCAGCAGCAUGAGGCUGGAACCCAAGAACCCAAUGGAGAUGCUGGUGAGGGGAUCCCAUUGAAUGGAGAGAUGGCACAGCCCGGGGAACUGAGCUGUCUGCACCAACAUAGCUGAAAGGCAGCACUUUAAUAGCAUUGAAUGGCUGAGGUGCAGGCGCCUCCUGUGGGUGUUGGGUGGCUGGGAUCAUCACACUAGCUGGUGGCUUGAGUCUGGAUGUGGCUUCUCCCCAUGUAGGGCCAGGGAUGCCCUUGUGUUUAAUGCACCGGGCUGGGACUUGGUGGAAGAGCCAGGUCUCCCGACUUCCUGUCUGACUUUGAGUGAGUAACUGGAGGGAGGGAUAGCUCAGUUUGCAAAUUGGCCUGCUAAACCCCAGGUUGUGAAUUCAGCCCUUGAGGGGGCUACUUAGGGAUCUGGGGCAAAAUCAGUACUUGGUCCUGCUAGUGAAGGCAGGGGCCUGGGCUCAAUGACCCCUUGGGGUCCCUUCCAGUUCUAGUAGAUUUUAACUCAGGGCUGUAUAGUCAGCUCAGACUGUGGGGCUGGGUGUUAGUUCAAAGGAUCGUGGAGCUACUGAACUGGGAGCCAAGCUCUUCUGAAAAUCUGGCCUUUCACUGUCCCAUUCCUUAGUUUCCCCAUCUUUAAAAUGAGAUACUUCUCCGUGUACAUUAUAAGCACUUUAGGGGAGGGACUGUGAGUGUGUCCCAAAGAUAAGCCCUACACAACUUUUCUUGACCAUUCUAGUAAUUCAAUGCCAGGAAACAGGCUUUGGGCAGCCAUGAUUUGUUUCUUGCCUGCAUCCUAUCUGACUUUUAUUAAAAGUAUCCAUGUCGCAAUUGUAGCCUUAAUCAUAAGUAAAUGUGAUUGUUUUAAAGUGGUUUUAUUAUUGUAUUUAUCUCUGUGCCUCUCUCCCCUGUCCCUCUUGUCUGUAGGAAUAUCUAUUUAGACUAUAAGCUAUACAGCAGAGGGAGUGUCUCAUUUAUCUUUGCACAAGGGGGCACUGAUCUCUGCUGAGUAUCUUUUUAACCUAUUGUGAACCUUCCUGGCUUCUUCACAAGCUCCAACUUGCAGUGGAGUGAGUAUUGGCUUCAGCUCUCCAGGGGUCUCUGCUGCAAACCUCUCCCUUCGGUUUGGUCUGCUGCCCCCACCUUUUUUUUUUUUGGUUCAGGGCAGAAUAUUGGACUAGCCUUGCCGGGCUAGUAUCCUAAUGCCAAAUAGCUAAAAUCACCCUAAUUGGCCACUCAGAGUUGAAAAAGGUGGGAGCUGUCUUACCAUGUUCUGUGUGUAUCUAUCUCCUCAAUAUAUGUUCAUUUCUAUGGAUCCAAAGAAGUGGGCUGUAGCCCACAAAAGCAUAUACUCAAAUAAAUCUGUUAAUCU